AUGGCUCUGCCAUCAGUGGAAGAACAUACACGAGCUACGAUUCGCGAGCUCUUCUCAUUCAUCUUAGCACAGGGCCAUACCGAAUACCUCGGCGAGUCCGUGUCUCAGCUCCAGCACUCUCUUCAAAGUGCUUUACAGGCUCAGCAAGAUAACUGCGAUGAUGAGACGGUCCUGGCCGCUCUAAUGCAUGAUGUUGGGCGAUUCAUCCCCGCCGCGGACAAGAUGCCCAAGCUAAUUGCUCCUGAUGGCUCAUAUAUUGGCCGAGCAAGCCAUGAUAUACUAGGCGAACGGUAUCUGCGACAGCUUGGUUUUAGCGAAAAGGUCUGCCAGUUGGUCGGCUCUCACGUUACGGCCAAGAGAUACCUCUGCGCCGCAGAGAAUGGCUACUGGGAGUCACUUAGUCUGAGCAGCAAAAGAACCCUUGAGUACCAGGGAGGAAGAUUCACUCCGGAGCAAGUAAAGGAAGCUGAAAAUGAUCCCUGGCUUCAGGAGAAGCUGGCCGUUAGGCGAUACGACGACUUGGCCAAGAACCCAGAUGCUAUGACACCUCCUCUAGAGGCGUACCAAGAAAUGGCUUAUAAAUGCCUUCUAGAAUCUAGAUCAUUCAUCAAUCUGAACUCCCGCACAUAUGCUCUCCCUACGAAGCCAACUGUUGUUGUCUGCAUUGACGGCUUUGAUCCAAGCUAUCUCAGACAUGGUAUCUCGACUGGCACGCUCCCUCAUCUAGCUAGUCUGAUGGAGAAGGGCUUUUCCACAACAGCCAAGUCGGCUAUGCCGUCUAUUACCAAUCCGAACAAUGUUUCAAUUGUCACAGGCGUGCCUCCAUCAGUCCACGGUAUUGCUGGCAACACCGUGCUGGAUCGUGCAACUGGAGAAGAGGUGAGCAUCAGCGACGCAACGCAUCUUCGAACCGAAACUAUCCUGUCUUUGCUAUCGAGGCACGGUGUACGUGUUGCCGCCGUUACUGCCAAGGAAAAGCUGAGACAGAUUCUCGGUCACCAGCUCCACGGGGCCAUUUGCUUCUCAGCUCAGAAGGCAAAGUCCUGCAAGCUCUCCCAGGAAACAGACCUAGACAUAGAAACAUGGAUGGGACGCGCCACUCCUGACCAAUACUCGCCUGAUCUGUCCCUCUUUGUUAUGGAUGCUGGCGUCAAGCUUCUCGACGAGAAUCGGGCAGACUUCCUUUAUCUUACACUCUCCGACUGGGUCCAGCAUAAGUAUGCCCCAGGAGAAAAAGAGGCUGAUACUUUCAUGACUCAACUGGACGUGAGCAUUGGCCGUCUUCUUGAGCUCGGCGCGCGAGUGGCCAUCACGGGAGAUCAUGGUAUGGCCAGCAAGACCAAGCCUGACGGUACACCAAACGUUGUCUACCUCCAAGAUGAGCUUGAAGCACGGUUCGGAAAAGGGUCGGCGCGCGUUAUUUGCCCAAUCGCAGACCCUCUUGUGAAACAUCAUGGGUCAUUCGGCGCAUUCGUGAGAGUCUAUGUAUCCAGUGAGUACAAGGAGAGUAUUUCCGAAAUGAUCAAGUAUUGCGCGACGCUGGAGCAUGUCGACGUAAGUCUCAGUGCUACUGACGCUGCCGAGAGAUUUGAGUUGCCUUUGGAUCUCGAAGGCGAUUUUGUCGUGACAUCGGGCCGGGAUUCAGUCAUUGGAAGUUGUCGCAAAGACCACGAUAUUGGAAGCCUUGGAGGCCUUCGCCUUAGGUCGCAUGGAGGCAUUGCUGAACAGGAUGUUCCGCUCAUUCUGUCAUGCCCUGUUCAAGAUGGUGCUGCCGCCGCGGAAAGAAAAUGGAGGAAUUUCGACGUUUUCGACUUGGUUUUGAAUUGGUAA